UUCAUUAUUUCAAUACAGAUUUGAACGGUAACUGGGUAGAAAAGACGUGGCCAGGUCCUGCAGCAAGUUAGAACUUCAUUUAGCGUUGGUAGGGAGAAUGAUACAAAGCAAAAUCUCUCAAUUCCAGGAAAAAACUGAUUUUUCCAGUCAGAUUAAACGGAAGUUUGCUUCAGUCUGCUAAGCUUGGAUUUUGCUUCCCUCAGACUAUGCAGUCUCUGGAGGAAACUGAAUCUACCACACUUGCAUAUAUGUGAGCUCAGAUUUAUGACCCUGUCAGCAGAGAGACUUGGUACAAUGGGCUUGAUACUUCCCUAGCGUGGGAUAUUGAAAGAUGCUGGGGAAAAACUUUUAUAUUAAUAUGUGAAUUUGAUCAGUAAAUAAUGGAUCAGGGUUGCCUUUUUCAUACAAUGUUUGUAAGCCUCUGAGUCUCUUGCUUGGCAAGUCAGGAUUAAUCCAAAUUGAAUCCUAGAUCCAGACAGCCCCAAAAUUUGGAGUAUUCAAAAUCUAGAUCACUGCAAUAUCGUCAGUAACCAUGGAGGCCAAAGAAGGGAGAUUGUGUUCUUAAGUUACAUAAAGGUGGUAUAAAUAUUUAAAAGGUUGCUUUUUUCGCAGAAUUGUUCAAAAUGUAGACUCAACUACUUACAUAUAUAAUUAAUUGCUUUAAAUAAGCAUUCUGCAGAAUCUUUCAUAGAUAAAUUCUUAUUCAGAUGGAUUCCAAGGGAAUUAAGUAUCAAACUGAGCAUAGCAACAUAUUGAACGGGAACUUUUUAGUGUUUGCUAUAAUUUCUUUAAUGGGAAUCCUAGGGGGCUACACAUCUCUGCUCUUAAAUUUGUGGACUAGAGUUUUCCUGAUUAAAAAGGGUUAUACAAUUCUUCCCUCCCCAUAUAUAAUCUUAGUCUCUUCUGUUGAUGGAGUGUAGUAGUAAUGAGGAGAUUCAUGCAACACAAGUGAAUGCUGCAUGGACAAAUUGUUUCUCAAACUUGGAGAUAGGGCUAGGAGUGCUAAAUGUUAAUAUUUUUCUGGAUAUUCAUUUUAUUGUGCAUGGGUCUAAUAGACUUUUUAGUUAGCACCAUGCAUCCCUGUGAAGAGAGCAAGGGGACUCUUUUCUUAACUAAGUUACACCUAGCAGUACUUUUGCUUCACUUCUUAUUCGUAACAAACAAUCUCCACUAAUGGCUGUUUAUACUUCAUUUAUUGUGCUUUUCCUUCCAAAUGUUGCCAGCAUUCCUAGUCUCAAGUCAUGGGUUAUAUCUUUAGAAAAUCUGUCAGGUCGUCAUUUUGAGAAUAUCCAUUAUUAAGACUAGAUGGAGAUACCAGAACUGGGGCUAUCUUUUUAACAGGGGAAUGUUGUACUCAUUUCAGAUGCUUCAGGAUAAAUACACGAGCUACCAAGAUCAAUGUUUUUUAUUUACCCGCAACUUAGAUCAAUUAUUUGGCAUCUGUUUGGUUAUUUACUUUCUAGAAGAGAGGGACAAGCAGGGUCCCCUGAAAAGCCGCUGUCUGAUCUGGGUCGUCUCUCAUACUUGGCCUACUGGAAAAGUGUCAUAUUAGAAUACCUUUAUUGCCACCAUGAAAAACAUAUCAGCAUCAAGGGAAUGAGCCGAGCCACUGGAAUGUGUCCACACGAUAUUGCCACAACCCUGCAGCAGCACAGCAUGAUAGACAGGAGGGAAGACAGAUUUGUAAUAAUUAGAAGGGAAAAACUGAUCUCAAGCCACAUGGAGAAACUGAAAGCUAAUCCACGCGUCAAUGAAGUAGACCCAGAAAGUUUGAGAUGGACUCCACUGCUUGUUUCUAAUGCUGCGGUUUCUGAAGAAGAGAGGGAAGCUGAAAAAGAGGCUGAGCGUUUGAUGGAACAGGCUAGCUGCUGGGAAAAGGAAGAGCAAGAAAUAUUCUCCACAAGAACUAAUAGUAGGCAAUCACCUGCAAAAGUACAAUCUAAAAAUAAAUACUUGCGAUCUCCAGAGAGUGUGGCAGUGGUUGGAGAGCGGGGGCAAUCCACAGAGCAAUCUAAAGAAAGCAGUGAGGAUGAUGAGGGGGAUGGGAAUCAUCAAAAUUCACCUCCACGGCUGACCAAACCACAAUCACUGGCCAUAAAAAGAAAGAGACCUUUCAUCUUGAAAAAGAAAAGGGGUCGUAAACGCAGAAGGGUUAAUAGUAGUGUUACAACAGAGACAAUUUCUGAAACAACAGAGGUGUUGAAUGAGCCCUUUGAUCACUCGGAUGAAGAGCGACCCAUGCCACAGCUGGAACCUACUUGUGAGAUAGAUGGGGAAGAUGAUGACUUAAAACCUGUGAUCAGAAAAGUAUUCCAGUAUCAACCUGGUAGGCAGAACCAGGAGGAAGAGGAGGACAAAGAGGAGAAAGACAAUCAUUAUAAAAAUGAUGUUCAGUGUAGAAACAACACAGAGGAUGUAGCUGUCUUGGAAGAAAGCACUAAAGACAAUCCUGAACCUUUGAGGUGUAAACAAGGCUGGCCCAAAGGACUGAAGCGUGAUGCAUCUAAGUGGCGGCAGAACAAAGAAAGAAAGCCUGGUUUUAAACUUAAUUUAUACACCCCACCUGAGACUCCUAUGGAGCCUGACUGCCAGAUAAUAGUAGAGGAACAGAAGCAAGUAUCUGAAGACAAGCCCAGCCAAGUUCUUGCUAUUGCAGAGGAGGAGAUUAAAGAGCCUGUUAAGAAUUUGCAGCCUCAAGAUGAGGUAAAAGAGCUGGAACCUGAGCUUCUAAACCCACCCAGUGAACCCUUUGAAAUCAUAGAAAAUGAUCUAAUGAAAGUAGAGGAAGAAGAAAAAAAUGUAGAGGAAGAUGUUGCCAGUGCAAAAAAUCAAGAUAAAGAUCCACAGAAGGAAACGUGCGUGCAAAAAGAUGAACCUGAGCAUUUGGAUGAUCAUGAAGAGGAAGAGGAAGAAGAGGAAGAACCAUCUCACAAUGAGGAUCAUGAUGCAGAUGAUGAAGAUGAUAGCCAUAUGGGUUCAACAGAAGUGGAGAAAGAGGAGUUACCAGGAGAAGCCUUCAAAGAAGUGCUAGAGAACCAGGAGUCUUUUUUAGACUUAAAUGUACAAACUGGUAAUUCAAAUCAAGAGGACUUAAUGGAUUGUGGUGUUGACCUUGCAGCUGAGUGUGAAGGUGACCAUAAUGAGCUUACUGAAGAUUCAGGGCCUGUGCCUGAAUCUGAUGAUGAUCAUACAGAUAAUAAUCAGGACCAAAAGGAGAGUGAAGAGUUAAAUUCUGAUUUCAAGGAAGAAAAUACUGAAAGCAUGGAGAUUGAUUCAGAGACAGUACAAGCAGUCCAGUCUCUAACCCAGGAAACAGCUGAACAGGAAGAUGCAUUUCAGGACUGUUCAGAGACGCAAGAGGCAUGUAGAAGCCUGCAGAAUUAUACUCAUACUGACCAAAGUCCACAAAUGACCACACUGGAUGAUUGCCAACAAUCUGACCACAGUAGCCCAGUCUCAUCUGUCCAUUCUCAUCCUAGCCAGUCAGUUCGUUCUGUUAAUAGUCCAAACGUUCCUCCAUUAGAGAACAGUUAUGCUCAAAUCAGCCCAGAUCAAAGUGCCAUCUCUGUGCCAUCUUUACAGAACAUGGAGACCAGCCCAAUGAUGGAUGUCCCAUCAGUUUCUGAUCAUUCACAACAAGUUGUGGAUAGUGGGUUUAGUGAUCUAGGAAGCAUCGAGAGCACAACAGAAAACUAUGAAAACCCAAGCAGUUACGAUUCUACAAUGGGAAGUAGCAUCUGUGGAAACAACUCUUCCCAAAACAGUUGCUCAUAUAGCAACCUUACAUCUAGUAACCUAACGCAGAGUAGCUGUGCAGUGACGCAGCAAAUGUCUAAUAUUAAUGGAAGCUGCAGUAUGAUGCAACAAACCAACAUAAAUUCUCCUCCUACCUGUAAUGUAAAAUCUCCUCAAGGCUGUGUUGUUGAGAGGCCACCAAGCAGCAACCAACAGUUAUCUCAGUGCAGCAUGGCUGCUAAUUUUACACCACCUAUGCAGUUAACUGAAAUCCCAGAGACUGGCAAUGCCAACAUUGGCCUAUAUGAAAGAAUGGGUCAGAGUGAAUUUGGAGCAGGGCAUUACCCACAGCCAUCUGCCACCUUUAGCCUUGCGAAACUGCAACAGUUAACUAACACACUUAUGGAUCAUUCAUUGCCUUACAGCCAUUCAGCUGCUGUAACUUCCUAUGCAAACAGUGCCUCUUUGUCUACACCCUUAAGUAACACAGGGCUUGUUCAGCUUUCUCAGUCUCCACACACUGUUCCUGGAGGACCCCAAGCACAGGCUACUAUGACCCCGCCCCCUAAUCUUACUCCACCUCCCAUGAAUUUACCUCCUCCCCUUUUGCAGCGUAACAUGGCAGCAUCAAAUAUUGGAAUAUCCCAUACCCAAAGACUGCAAACUCAGAUGGCCGGCAAAGGCCAUGUGUCUGUGAGAACCAAAUCAGCCCCUCUGCCCCCAGCUGCAGCAGCCCAUCAGUCACAAAUCUAUGGGCGUGCUUCACAGACUGUGGCUAUGCAAGGACCUGCACGGACCUUAACGAUGCAACGUGGUAUGAAUAUGAGUGUAAAUUUGAUGCCAGCCCCCGCUUAUAAUGUCAAUUCAGUGAACAUGAAUAUGAACACCCUUAAUGCUAUGAAUGGAUAUAGUAUGUCCCAGCCCAUGAUGAACAGUGGAUAUCAUAGUAACCACGGAUAUAUGAAUCAAACACCCCAGUACCCUAUGCAGAUGCAGAUGGGAAUGAUGGGAACUCAGCCAUAUGCACAGCAGCCAAUGCAGACAGCACCACACAGUAACAUGAUGUACACUCCUCCAGGGCAUCAUGGCUACAUGAAUACUGGCAUGUCUAAACAGUCUCUUAAUGGAUCCUACAUGAGAAGGUAGGCUCUUUGGCGAGUCAGAUUACCAAACUGGCGUAUUGGAUUGAUCUGCACAAAUAGGAGAGUACGAUUUCAAAACCAGCAAUCGGUGUGAAUGCAAAAACAUUUGUUGGCACCAUGUUAAAAGCUGUAUGCAGCAGAAAGCCUUAUACAAGUUUUUUUUUUCUUUUUCUUUCUUUUUUUUUUUUUUUUUACCUCUUUUUUGUUGUUUUUGUUCUAGAGGGA